AACUGAAAGAUCAAUGGAAAGAAAGAAUGUUAGAAAUAUUGUUAAAAGAAUUUCCGAAUUUAAAAGAUAAAAUAGUUUAUGUUGAUAAGGGUACAGCAAUUACGAAUGAUUUUUAUCUUGGAACUUAUCAUGGAGCUGCUUGUGGACUGGCCCAUACACCAGAGCGAUUUAGACAAGUGGAAAUUCUUUCACCAAUAUCGCCAAUCAAGAAUCUUUAUCUCUCGUGA